AUGAGUGAACAUGAAUUUGAAAGUAAAAAUAGGCAAAUAAUCUCGAAUGAAGAAAAUGAUGACGAAGAUGAUGACAACGGCUUAUGCUAUGAUUUCGUGGUAAAAAAAGCUAAGAGCAAAAGGAAGAUUUCAAAAAUUUUACUGGAUUCAGAAUUAAUAAUCAAUUCACAAAAAUAG